AAAAGUAAAAUAAAUAUAAUCAAAAUUAUAAUGUUUUUAUUUUAGUUUUUAUUUGAUAUAAGAGAUAUCACAAAUCGAAAAUGGCUGCCGCCUUGGAACAGUAUGUAAAUACAGUUCAAAAUUUGUCUUCACAAGGAAAUUUUUCACAGUUAUGUGAAUAUAUUGGAAAGAGUGCAGAAGCCUUGGCAAAAAAUGCUAAUCAUUUGGAUAAUGUUUUGGCAACCCUUGACAUUCAACAGCACUCAUUAGGAAUACUUGGAAUUUUAUGUGUGAAGUACAACCUGCCAAAUAUACCCGACUUUGAAACACUUUUUCUACAGACACAAGAAUUCAUUAAUGACUGCAAUGGAGAACAUGUUAGAUAUGCGACAGACAGCUUUGCAGAUUUGUGUCACAAGUUCACUCAAAAUCUUGUGGAAAAGAAACAGCCAAUGAGAGGGAUCACAAUUUUGGUAAAAGCCAUUAACAAGAUACAGCUCUUUCCUGCCCAAUUAACGUCCAUACAUGCUGACAUGUGUCAAUUGUGUUUGUUAUCAAAGAACAUGAGACCAGCUCUCCAGUUUCUGGACCGGGAUAUCACAGAUAUCAGUAAAGAGGGAGGACAUUAUGAUGCCAAAGAUUUUCUCCUAUACUACUAUUAUGGAGGAAUGAUCUAUACUGCUCUAAAAGACUAUGAAAAGGCUCUUUAUAUGUUUGAAAUUGCAAUAACUACUCCCAGUAUGGCAGUCAGCCACAUCAUGCUAGAAUCGUACAAGAAAUUCAUCCUAGUGGCCCUUAUAUUACAUGGGAAGGUUCCAAAUCUCCCAAAGUAUGUUUCCCAAGUAGUUUCCCGAUAUAUCAAGCCUUUAUGUCAAGCCUACCACGAUCUGGCCCUGUCCUACGGCUCCAACACUCCCUCCGACCUACGGACCAUCAUCAACAAAUAUCAGGAGACGUUCACCAGGGACAACAAUAUGGGCUUGGUCAAACAAUGUCUAACUUCGCUGUACAAGAAAAAUAUUCAGAGGUUAACGAAGACAUUUUUGACACUGUCUUUGGCUGACAUGGCUAAUCGAGUUCAGUUAUCAAGUCCUAAAGAAGCAGAGAAAUAUGUUUUACACAUGAUUGAAGAUGGUGAAAUUUUUGCAACAAUAAAUCAAAAAGAUGGCAUGGUCAGUUUCCAUGACAACCCAGAACAAUAUAAAAGUGCUGCCAUGUUGCUACAGCUUGAUCAAGAGAUGCAGAAAGCUAUUCAGGUAGAAGAAAAACUAAGGGAAAUGGACAGAGAAAUUGCUGUCAAUCCACAGUUUGUACAAAAGAGUUCAGGAUCACAUGAAGAUGACCUUCCAGGAAGUUCAAUAAAAGGGCAAGGCUACUGAUAAACUGUUCACACUUAAUAUUGUGCUAUUUUACUCUGUUAUUGUAUAAAGUGCUCUAUAUGAUCAUGAUCUUAUAAAACAAUUAAAAUUUGA